CCCUGUGGCGGGGUCCGGAAGUGUCCGGGGCUCAGUCGGGCAGCGGCGGCCGCGGCGAGCGGAGCUCCGGGGCCGCCAUGGCCGCGGGGGGCGGUGGGGGCUGUCACGGCUGAGUUGCCGCCGCCGCCGCUGGGCCGCCUGCCCGGAGGAGCCGGCACUGAACGCGCCCUGGAAGAAGCAGAGGCCUGCGGCACCCUCAGCCUGGCCGGCCGGCGGCUGCGCGCCUUCCCGGCGGCGGCGGCGCGGCGCUGGGACCUCAGCGACACCACACAAGCCGACCUGUCCCGGAACCGUUUCGGGGAGGUGCCCGAGGCCGCUUGUCGCCUGGUCUCGCUGGAGGGGCUCAGCCUGUACCACAACUGCCUGCGCAGCGUCCCCCCGGCCAUAGCCAACCUCCAGGCCCUGGCGCACCUGGACCUCAGCCGCAACCAGCUGAGCUCUCUGCCCGCCUGCCUCUGCCUCCUGCCCCUGCGCGUCCUCAACGCCAGCAACAACCGCCUGGCCCAGCUGCCCCCGAACCUCGGCGCCCUGCGCACGCUGCGGCAGCUGGACGUCGGCUGUAACCGGCUGCGGGCGCUGCCGCCGGGGCUGGGGCAGCUGCGGGCGCUGCGGGACCUCAACGUGCGGCGGAACCAGCUCUCGGCUCUGCCCGAGGAGCUCUCGGAGUUACCCCUGGUCCGGCUGGAUUUCUCCUGCAACCGGGUGGUUGCGAUCCCGCGCUGCUUCCGGCGGCUCCGGCACCUCCAAAUGCUGCUGGCGGACAGCAACCCUCUCCAGUUCCCCCCCGCCCACAUCUGCCUGAAGGGCAAAGUCCACAUUUUCAAGUACCUGGAAACCGAGGCUGCCGCCCACCCCCCCCCAGCAUGUCCCCCGGACGAGCCGUGUCCCCUCUGGCCACGGGGGGGGCUGGACUCUGGCUUCCACAGCGUCGACAGCGGCAGCAAGCGCUGGUCAGGGAACGAGUCCACGGAUGAGUCCUCGGAGCUGUCCCGGCAGCACAGGGAGAUGCGCAGUGGGGCAGCUGGUGACAGUGACCCGGAGCAGCUUGAGGAGGAGCCCACGCCUGAGGAGCAGCAGAGCCAGACCCCAAGAGGUGACACCCCCGAGGAUAUCAGAGGGGUCCCCACUUCCCGGAGACGCCCCAAGAACCUGGAGGUGUGGAGAGAGAGGGAGAGGAAGAGGAGUCGGGACAGGAGCCCCACCCAGAGACCCCCCUGGACGACGACGAUGCCGGACCCCGACAGAGCCCCUGGCCCCCCCUCCACCCCCCCAAAACCCAGCGCCUGCCUUGGCCCCACCUCCUCCUCCUCCUGCAGUGCCCCCAAACCAGCCCCCCCGGACCCCAACCAGCGGGAGUUGAUCGCUGAGAUGCGCCAGAGCCUCGAGGCGCUGCUGCAGCUGCGGCUCCCGGAUGAGUUGGGGGACUCGGAGCUGCUUGGCCGUGUGGCCGCCCGGCUGCGCCCCUGGGCUAGCCCCCCCAGCACCCGCCGGACGCCGCAGCCCUUCCCCUGCCGGCGCUCGGGGGUCCCCGAGGUGAAGCCCCCCCGUCCCCGGCGCACCCCCCCUGGGCUGCUCUUCGCGCUCUUCUACGGCCUCCUCAUGGCGCUGCUCGUCGCCGCCCACCGCGCGCUCUUUGGCUGCUGAGGGACCCCCAAACCCGGGGGAGCCCCCCCAAAACCUCGGGGGAGCCCCCAAACCCCCCGGGGGGGGUCCCGCCUCUGCACCUUUCCCUCCCCCCUCUCCCCUUUUCUUGUGCCUUAACGCUGGGAAACUGAGGCAGGGAAGGGGGAGGGGCUGAACCCCUUUUGCCCCCCUGGGGGUGUGAUGUUAAUUAUUCACAUUAUAAUUAAUUAUAAUGAGUUAUGAGUUUUAGUAUUAUUAUUAUGAGUUGUUACUAUUAUAAUGAGCUAUUAUAAUGAGUUAUUAUAAUGAGUUGUCAUACAAGACUGUGAGCAUAAUAAGUUAAUAAUUAUAGUUAAUUGUAACUUAAUUAUAAUGGAAAGAUGUUAAAAUACAGAUGACCAAAAUUUAUUGUAAUUAAUUAUUAUUAAAAUUAUUAUAUUUAACUAUUA